AGCCAAUGGAAACCAGAAGGAUGGAUCUUGGCAGGUCCUUGAUCACGAUGAAUAGUAUAGAUCGAAAACUUGAUUCCCUGAGCUCAUCCCCGGUGUUACAUCAGGAAGUGGGGGUUGGAUGAAGGCGGCAUCCAAGAAGUUGACCUGGAGUUUCCAGACUCUCUACUAUAAGUAUAGAGCUUUCCUUCAUCUCAGACAUUUCUUCUCUAUACUCAACAAUCAUCAAACACUAUAUACCCAACUUCAAUACUCUUUUAUACGAACUAUCAUCAUGUCUGGAAUCAUCAACAAGGUCAAGGAUGCUCUGCACCACGACUCUACCUCCUCUGGCAGUCAUUCCUCUACCACUCACUCGAGCAGCACAACCGGCCACAACUCUGGCGUUUCGGAGGGAACCGCUGGACCUCACAGCUCCAGAGUUGCCAACGCUGCUGAUCCCCGUGUCGACUCGGACCUAGAUGGCUCCAACAGGCACACCACUGGUGCUGGUCACUCUAGCCACACCAGCCACACCGGUGCCGCAAUGACUGGCGCUGGUGUCGGCUCAGGAGUCGGCUCCGGAGUUGGUCACACCGGCUCAAGCACUGGUGGAGCAUAUGGCAGCAGCACCACCGCUGGCCCUCACGAUUCAAACAUUGCCAACAAGGUUGACCCACGAGUUGACUCGACCACCGGUUCCCACACCAUUGGCUCAAACACCACAUCCGGCUACGGUAACACCACUGGUGGCUCUUACGGAAGCUCUACCACCGCCGGUCCCCACAGCUCGAACAUCGCGAACAAGGUUGACCCUCGCGUCGACUCUACCACUGGCUCGCACACAAUCGGCUCUAGCACUGGCUCAGGAGCAUACGGAAGCACUGGCGGUGCGGCUUAUGGCGGAUCUACCACUGCCCCACGCGUUGAAUCUCACACCUUCGGCUCAGGAGGCGCCGCGACAGGCGGAGCUUACGGUAGCUCUACCACCGCCGGCCCCCACGACUCAAACCUCGCCAACAAGGUUGACCCAAGAGUUGACUCGACCACGGGCUCCCACACCAUUGGCUCAAACACCACAUCUGGCUACGGUAACACCGCUGGCCCCCACAGCUCGAACGUCGCCAACACUGUUGACCCACGUGUCAACUCGACCACUGGUUCUCACACCAUUGGCUCGAGCACCGGAGCUGGUUACGGAGCUGCUGGAGGUGCAGGCCUAGGAGCUGUUGGAGGUGGCGCUUAUGGAAGCUCGGGCCACACUGGAAGCCACGCUGCUGGAUCCCACGCUACUGCAGGCAGCGGCACAGCUCAGAACACCGCCGGCCCACACAACUCGGAUCUGCUGAACAAGCUUGACCCAAGAGUCGAUAGCGACCGCGAUGGCUCUUCUACUGUUGGCGGAAACAAGACCCGCUCGUAAGCAACUCUUAACAGUUCUUACAAGGAUCCUCGUGAUGCAGCAGAAGUCCCACCUUCGGUGAUGCGAGAAUCUAUUGGAGAGCCUCAAGUCCUUCACGGUGACGCGAAACACAACCACGCCGGCCGACAUGGCAGCGUUAGCACCCAUGACCAUCUAUGAGGACUGAGAAUUGUACUUUUACUUUCCUUGGUUCAUGGUUAUGUCUAUUUGAUUUAGCGAAAGGUUUCUAUACUGUCUUGUAAUGAAAAAAGACUGGAUUCACUUGUCUGGAGGCAGCUUUGGUAUAAAACUUCUGUCACAACACAGUCGUAUUGGUUCAUAGCCGUUAAAUUUUAAUCGAAUUUAAAUACCAAUAAAAA